AUGGAAGAGGGCUAUCCGCGAAAUCAGUGAGCUUGGUCCCCAGUUUUAAGGGCGAUGGCGUAAUUGUCUACGAACAUGGUGAAUGCCAAAAUUAGGUACAUCUGUGACUCCACGGCCUGCGUGGCCGGCGCACUAACGGUUUUGUGUUCACUGGAGUCCGUCUUUGAGUACAAUGAAAAGCUAUGGUCUUGACGCGCCUAACUCGUAUGCCGGGCUCUCCCAACCAGUCACAAAUACAAAUUAACUACGAAAAUAGUUUGCUUACCUGUUAAGAGAAAGGGGCCAUGCGGAGCUAAGAGAUUUGUGGAUGGUUAGCCAUGUCUUUAAAAAGUUUAAGGCACUGCGCGCUUAUGUUAGUUAGGCACCAUAGUGCACAUCUGAGCUUUCUAUUUGUAACUGAAACAUCUUGAAAGGAAUAAGUGUUUUAACAUUUCUUUUUAUAGGCAUUUCAUGGGCUCAUUAUUUUCAAAGUGUGAUUCCUUAACGUUUGUCAUCCUACCAUCGGACCGCGUGGAAGGUCCACUUGGAUUAGGUAUGCAACUAUUGCUUUUCCAAAAUGUUUAGGCUUCCCCGAGGAUGAGUCCUUAAAUAAGGUAGAAAAAGAUACGAUUAUCCCAGCCCUUAUGAUGGAACAUGUUCGGCGAGAAGAAUGCGCCGAUCUUUGGUCGAGUUUGUUCUUUACCUGUUUUGACUCUGAUUUUAUUUACAGCUUUAGCUGAGUGCUCAAAAAGAUAUCACUGGGCUUCCGUCGUCUUAUGUCGUCGUAAUUUUGAUGCAGCUAUGCUGUGCAAUCGAAAAUAG